AUGACUGUUCUUGACCCAGUUUUGGAAGAGGAUGGCUUUGUGUAUCCUGUGGUUGAAGAGCUUGAUUCGGGUAGUUCGGAAGAUGAAGAUAUGGAUGGUGUUAGUGAUGGUGAAAAGGUGGAUGAUGAGGAAAAUGGAGAUACUAAGCAGAAUGAGCAAGUUGAUUCUGAGUCUUUAAUGAGAAAGGAAGAAGAUAUGGUGGAUGAGUCUUCCAGGAUUCUUAAUACCACGGUCUCUUGGGGUAUUUCGGUGGUUCCAAGAGACAAGGGGGAGAAGAAAAUAGGUAGUUCUGUUUGUCUGUCUCAGAAGAGUUACCGGGAAUUAUGGAAGCUGAGUUUCAAUGUUAAUUAUGAUAAAAGUAUGAAGAGAGUUGGAGAUUAUUCAGUUUCUGUUUGUUUGGAGGCUGAAAGGAAGGCUCCUUGGUGGUUCGCUGGAGUGUAUGGGCCUGUAGUGUAUGGUAAUAUAGUUAGCUUUUGGGAUGAAUUAGCAGGGUUGAGUGCUAUUUGUGGAGAGAAUUGGUGUGUUGGGGGAGAUUUUAAUGUGGUCAGGCGAGUUUAUGAGAAAUUGAAUAGCAGGUCUAAUACGAGGAGUAUGAAGAUGUUUGAUUCUAUGAUUAGAGAGUUAAAAUUAGUGGACCCCAAACUUCACAAUGGUCGGUUCACGUGGUCGAAUUACAGACAUAAGCCUAUUUGUUGUAGGCUGGAUAGGUUCCUGUACACUCCCUCAUGGUUUGAUAACACUUGGUUGGAACACAAGGAUUUCUCUAGUAAUUUUCAGAUUUUGUGGGAUUCGGCUAAGAUUAAGAAGUGGAGUCGGCAAGUCUUUGGGAAUAGGAAAAUGCAUAAACAAUUGCUGGAAAGGAGAUUGUUUGCGUUGGAUAAAUUAGAGGAAGGGGGAGCGUGGAAUGAGAAUCUUCAAAUGGAACGUUCUAAGGUGAAGGGAGAAUGGCAGCAGAUUGUUUUGGAGGAAGAGAGAAGUGUUUGGUUUAAGGUGAAGUGUCAAUGGGCUAAGGAAGGGGAUGCUAAUUCCAAACUUUUCCAUGGUAUUCUCAGUGCUCGAAAAGCUAGAAACUUCAUUUCUAGGUUAGAGGAAGAGGAUGGAACUGUUUUGGAAAAUGAGGUGGACAUUGAAAAAGCUAUUGUGGGUUUUUACUCUUCUUUGUAUUCGGCAAUUUCCAGAAUUUGCAUUGGGGUGGAUGGGAUCUCUUAG